UUUAGUUUAUUUUGCAAAUUUAUAGGUCAAUGUGCUAUUAAGGAUGCUUUCGUUAAUAGCGAAGCUUAAAAAACAGAAAGAAGCUGAGGAACAGAAGUUAAAGGAUAAUCAAGAAACAGCUAAGAUAUAUGCACAAUAUGUGAAAUCAUUUGAUGGGAAAGGUGAAGAACAACCUUUAAAAUUUGUUAAAUCUGACGUGUAUGAUCCAGCGACUGGGACUACAACUUCCGUUGCUAGUACAGGAGUAAAUCAAGUAUUUACACUUGGAGAACAGGCUGAGGAGGAAAAUGAGGAGUUAUCGUCAGAGUAUUUAUCGCAAAUACAAGGUUCCGCUCCUAUUCAUAGGAAUAGAACUACGUCAAAAGUGCGAGAAAUUGAUACUUUUAUUGAAGAGAUAAAGGAGAAACAGAGAACUAUAACUGAACGGAAGGAACUUCAAAAAAGAUUUCUCACAGCUACUACAGAAUAUGAGAGAUAUGAAAUAAAUGAAAGAUUAAAUCGCAUAGAAAAUAAUUUAAACACUGGUGCGCCAGACCUAAACACUACUAAUAUUCACAUUGGAAAUUUGUCUCCAAACGUUACAGAAGAUAUUCUGAUGAGUCAUUUCUCCAAAUUUGGUACCAUAGUGGGCAUAAGGUUGAUCCCUUCAAGAACUGACACCCCUCCAGAUAACAAGCAGACUGGAUUUGUAUCAUUUAUGACACAUGAACAAGCUGAAAAUGCUAAAGUAGGAAUGGAUGGUGUUGAAAUAUUAGGAUUUCCAUGUAAAAUAGGCUGGGCCAAGAAUUUGAUUAAGCCGAUGAUAUCAACUGUUCCAAUGUUUGCCCCUGCUACUCCUACCAUGCCAAUUCCACAACCGAUGCCACCCAUUAUUAAGGACCAGUUAGAAGUAUAUGUGCCGACUCCCCAGUAUAAAAAAAGAAUUAUUGAUUUAACCUCAAAAUACGUUUCAGAAUCUGGGAAGGAUUUUGAGGAGGUAAUAAUGAAGAAUGAACCCAGAAACGGAUUGUUUUCAUUCGUGUUUGACAGAUUUACACCGGAUAGUGUCUAUUACAGAUGGAGAGUCUAUUCAUUAGUUCAAGGAGAUACGAUGAGGGAUUGGAAUAAAAAUAUGUUUAAAAUUAGUAAUUUUGGGAAAUCCUAUAUACCACCCAACCAGUCCACUACUCAUGAUACUGCUCCGGCCCAUAGCUUACACAGUAGUAGUGUGAUACAGAAUGGUAAUGUAAUACUGAGUGAAGAAAAGAAGAACGAAUUUGAUUCUAUAUUAAGAGGAGUAACGUCUGUUAGAAAUGACAUCUGUAAUGCAAUGUUAUUUGUGAUAAACAACAGUGAAUCAGCAUAUCAUCUCACAGACUUGCUGUUCAAUUAUUUUAACGAUCCCAACACAAAUGUUCAACAAAAAAUAUCGAUACUGUACGUAAUAUCGGAUGUAUUAUAUAACUCAUCUUCGUCAAAACAAUAUUCUUGGGUAUAUCGAAACUCAAUAGAGAAACACCUUCCGCAACUUUUUCAUUCAAUUAAACAAUAUAAAGAGAAGAGUACUAGUAAAAUAUCAUCACAACAAUUAAUUGAUGCUGUGAUGAAAUUGUUAAGUAUUUGGGACUCCUGGACAGUUUAUUCUCAACAAUUUCUCAACGGACUUGAGGCUACCCUUUUGGGGGAUGAUUUGGACUCAUUCAAGACCCUUCCAGAAUUUGAACAACAUAAGGAUUUAUUGAGUACAAAUGAUGGAGUUGUCGUUGAUUACUUUGAUCUCCUCGCAACAUUACCGCUUAAAUAUAGGGAGACUGCAUAUAAAUAUUUGUUAAUGCGGUUGAAAGAACUAAAAUCAAUGUGUCUACAACGAGGAUUAUUAGUUCAGCCUAGUGAUAGAAACUCUCUUGUCAUCCGAUUAAUCAUUUAUGAUAAAUACUUACAUCAUAAACAAGAAAUGGAAGAGAAAAGGAGGGAGAUUAUGAUGGAGGAUGAGGAGAAUAUGAGUGAGGAAGGGUCUGAUAUGGAGCAGGAUGAUGACGAGGCAUAUGAGUUGGAGCAAACUAGAAUACAAGAGGCAACAGCCCAACUCCAUUAUACGCUAAUGAAGAGAGCCCAGUCUCCUGAGGUUGUUAAUCCACCAGUUGUAGAGCAACAGAGUGAAUUAACUGAGGAAACAAAUGAUGAAGCUGAUGCUAAAACUGAACCCGUGCAACCUGUUGAGGAAGAGGACGACAUCGACGAUAUAUUUGCAUCAUAAUAUACUCUAAUAUA